AUGAAUGGCCGGAACAUGGAGGAGAUGCCAUUCGAAAGAGUCAAGACCCGGCGGAGGAAGGGUCACUGUCCGGCCGGUGCACCUCUGGGCGCCAUCGCCUGCGAGGACGAGUUCAACAGCCAGGAGCUGGAGGCUCUCUUCCAGAACUACAACCUGAAGCUGGAGCAGACCGCCACCCUCAAAGCGCUGGCGGUGCUCAUCGUGGCCGCGUCGUCGCUGUCUCUCAUGGAGCUGCUGUCCAGCCCGCGUCUCACCUUGUCCAAGGGCUCCUACCCGGUGCACUGCGUGGUGUUCCUGUCGCUGUUUAUCGUCACCAACGUCAAAUACUUGCAGGUGACGCAGCUGCAGCAAAUCGCGAAGCUGGCGCUGCUGUUCAGCUUCACCUUUGCGCUGCUCUGCUGCCCGUUCCCGCUGGCGCUCGGCACGUCGGAGCUGGUGAGCGCCGCUGCCCCUGAGCAAGGCGUGUGGCAGCUCAUGCUGGUCACCCUCGUGGCUUACGUGCUGCUGCCGGUGCGGACGCUGAUGGCUGUGCUGUUCGGGGUGAUGCUGGCUGCAUCCCACUUCAUUGUCAUAGCGACGUCGGUCACGGGGAGGAAGCAGAAGCUGUGGAGACCGCUGGUGGCCAACGCGGUGCUGUUCACCAGCGUCAACUUGUCGGGGGUGUUUGUGAGGAUUCUCACUGAGCGCACCCAGAGGAAAGUCUUCCUGCAAGCCCGCAACUGCAUCGAGGAGAGGCUGAGACUCGAGGACGAGAAUGAGAAACAGGAACGUCUCCUAAUGAGUCUGCUGCCCAGGAAUGUUGCCAUGGAGAUGAAGGAGGACUUCCUGAAGCCACCUGAGAGGAUCUUUCACAAGAUCUACAUCCAACGUCAUGACAAUGUCAGCAUCCUGUUUGCAGACAUUGUGGGUUUCACCAGCUUGGCCUCUCAGUGUACAGCUCAGGAACUGGUCAAAUUGCUCAACGAACUCUUUGGGAAGUUUGAUGAACUGGCUACAGAAAAUCACUGCAGGCGAAUAAAGAUCCUGGGGGACUGUUACUACUGUGUGUCAGGACUGACCCAACCCAAGGCAGACCACGCCCACUGCUGCGUGGAGAUGGGCCUGGACAUGAUUGACACAAUCGCGUCGGUGGUGGAGGCGACAGAGGUGGAUCUGAACAUGCGUGUUGGUCUGCACACAGGACGGGUGCUGUGCGGCGUGCUGGGCCUCAGGAAAUGGCAGUAUGACGUCUGGUCAAACGAUGUCACACUGGCAAAUGUGAUGGAGGCCGGAGGGCUGCCUGGCAAGGUGCACAUCACGAGGACCACCCUGGAGUGUUUGAAUGGAGACUACGAGGUGGAACCGGGCUUCGGACACGAGAGACAUGCCUUCCUUCAGAAACAUCACAUAGAGACUUUUUUCAUCGUGCCAUCACACAGACGCAAAAUAUUUCCAGGUCUGAUUCUGUCAGACAUCAAACCGGCCAAGAGGAUGAAGUUUAAGACCGUGUGCUACCUGCUGGUGCAGCUCAUGCACUGUAGGAAGAUGUUCAAGGCCGAGAUCCCCUUCUCCAACGUCAUGACCUGUGAAGACGAUGACAAGCGGAGAGCCCUGCGGACAGCGUCGGAGAAGCUGAGGAAUCGAACGUCCUUCUCAGCCACGGCGGUGCAACACUCACCGGGAACACGAGUCAACCGCUACAUCGGGCGGCUCAUUGAAGCACGGCAGACCGAGUCAGAGACAUCAGACCUCAACUACAUCACCCUGUUCUACAGGAGCAGAGACAGGGAGCGCAGGUAUCACCAGGUGUAUGACGACCAUUUCAUCAGCGCAGUGGUUCUCUCUCUGAUCCUUGCUGCUCUGUUUGGCCUUAUCUAUCUGCUAAUGAUCCCACAGGGGAUACUGGUGCUGCUUCUGCUGGUGCUGUGUGUGUGUUUCCACGUGGCCUGUGUCAUGUACCUGCAUCUCACCAGUGUUCAGUGCCAACCAGGCUGCCUCACCAUCCAGAUCCGAACAGUGCUGUGUGUGUUCCUCGUUCUGCUCACCUACUCUGUUACCCAGGCCUGUGUGGUGGGAUGUGUUCCUUGGGGGAAGGUUGGGACAAACACCAGCCGCUCAGCAGAAGACGUCCCUGCAGAUGUCCUUGGUGUUGGACCCUCCAACAGCACGGCAGCAGACAGAGCUUGCUCCUACAUGGCGUACGCCCUGCUGUCCUGCGUGGCUGGAACCCUCACUGUCGUUCCAUACCUCCGAGUCUCCUCGCUCCCCAAGAUCCUCCUGCUCCUCCUCCUCUCUGUCACCUACACCGUCGUCAUGGAGACCAGUGGCUAUCGCCAAGCUGUGGGUGGUGGUUUUCUCCACACGCGAGGUUAUGAUCCUGUGUUGGCAGUCUUGUUGUUUUCUGGAGCUCUGGCUCUUCAUUCAAGACAGCUGGACCUGAAGCUGCGGCUCGACUACCUCUGGGCCACUCAGGCGGAGGAGGAGAGAGACGACAUGGAGAAGGUGAAGCUGGACAACAAAAGGAUCCUGUUCAACUUGCUACCUGCUCAUGUGGCUCAGCACUUCCUCAUGUCAAACCCCAGGAACAUGGACCUGUAUUACCAGUCCUACGCCCAGGUUGGAGUUUUGUUUGCCUCCAUCGCCAACUUCAACGACUUCUACAUUGAGCUGGAUGGAAACAACAUGGGAGUCGAGUGUCUGAGGUUACUCAAUGAGAUCAUCGCGGACUUUGAUGAGCUGAUGGAUAAAGAGUGCUACAGGGAUAUCGAGAAAAUCAAGACUAUUGGCAGCACAUACAUGGCUGCAGUAGGGCUGGUUCCUACAACUGCCUCCAAGGCAAAGAAGUCCAUCACCUCACAUUUAUGCACAGUGUCAGAUUUUGCCAUUGAGAUGUUUGACGUCUUGGAUGCCAUCAACUACCAGUCAUACAACGACUUUGUUCUGAGAGUUGGUAUCAAUGUGGGCCCAGUGGUGGCAGGAGUGAUUGGAGCCAGAAGGCCUCAGUAUGAUAUCUGGGGAAACACAGUGAAUGUAGCCAGCAGGAUGGACAGCACUGGAGUACAGGGAAAGAUCCAGGUGACAGAAGACGUUUAUCGUCUUAUCACGGACUACUACGACUUUGUCUGCCGCGGCCAGGUCAGCGUGAAGGGCAAAGGUCAGAUGCUCACGUACCUCCUGGAGGGCCGCAGACACGGCAGCAGGCCUUCUCAAACCCAGCAGCAGCCCUGCAAUGCCGAGCGUCGCUCAAGCGCAUUCACCCACGGUAGCGUGUGCACCAGGCUGAGCCCUGCCCCGACCGUUACCACCUAUGCUACCAUCAGGAACCUGAGCCCGAGCAUGGUCAAACCAACCGCCUCCACCAGCACCACCAGGUACCUGCCCUCUGUCCCCACGGCAAUGGUGUGA